UCGUCAACGUCCAUGAUUCCAUCGCUGCACACCAGGACUUCUGCUGCAGGUGCAGUCGAGGUGCCAACGGUGAUCUACCAUUCAGCAGAGAGAUGGAUGGUUUCGGUUGGGCUAUUCUGCGCAUGCCGAUCUACACGGUGCGAAAGUGGUAAAGCGCCGUCGCCGAGAUGCGAUGGGAUGACUCGCGGGCGGUGGCCAUCUGCAUUGCCAGCUGCAGUGCAUCACGCUCUCUUCUGCACACUCUCCUUCAAGUUUGACCUCUCCCGACCGCUAUCUCAACCUCACACGGGCAGGAUGUUUCCAAGUGCAAUUGCCCACUGGAACGAGUCCGAGGCGGAGGCUGCAGCACUAGCGACGUUCAUCCGCGAAAACCGCUGGUCCAACUACUGGUACCUUAUCCCCUCCGUAAUCCUCGUCUACGACCAUCUUUUGACGCUCGCGCCUGAGCUCGCCUUCGUCUGGAGAAAGCACAGACGGCUAAGCUUCUGGCUGUUCGUGCCGCUGCGCUACCUUGCGCUCGGGGGCACUGUCGCUAUGCUGUUCCUCAACUUCGGCCCGGUCCCGUAUGAGCAAUGCCAUAUAUGGACGCUCGCGAAGGUGGCGCUUAUUGUGGUGCAGUGUGCGCUCGCCGGGGUCAUCCUCGUUCUCCGCGUGUAUGCCCUCUACAACUGCCACCGGGGGAUCCUCGCGCUGUUCGCCGUCGUGGGCACUGGUGCCGUCGUCGCCGCUGUUUGGUCUAUCUUCGGACAGCAUGCACUCCUCGCAGCGGACACGUCACAGUCGGUGUAUCUCGAGAAUGCCGCGCUCACGGGCUGUCACUAUGCAGUCAGCCCGCAUCUCGCUCGUCGCCUGGCGCUCGCCUGGCAAUCCCAGCUCGUCUGCGACAUCCUCAUCUUCGGGCUUACACUCUGGCGCUCGCUCUACCACAGGUACAGCCUCCACGACUCGCUCAUCACAACACUCAUCCGCGAUGGAUCCCUGUACUUCGCCGUCCUCGGGCUGGUCAACGCUGCUAACAUUCUGAUGUACUAUCUCGGCGACGAAUGGACAGCCGACAGCCUCUCCUGGUUCGCCUCCACAAUCGCGGUCACCAUGAUCUCGCGGCUGAUGCUGAACCUGCAUCGGCACGCCGACAUCGGCGUCAUGGCCACCGGCGCAGGGUCGAGCAUCCCGGCCGUAUCGGGCUUCCGCGUGACGGUCAGCGAAGACCAAGGCAUCGAAGAAUUGCGCCGGGUGCACGUACGCACGGAGUCGUUCGUUAUGGUUAGAUGA